CAGAGGAGGAGGGCGCUGCCGCCGGCGGUGCUCAUGGUGGCGGUCGGCGCCCGGGUGUGAUGCGAGCGUCAUGGUGGAGAUGCUGGCUUCGAGGCGGUGAGAGAGCAAAGGAGGGCGAGAGGCAGCCAAGGGCGGAAGACAGAUCAGUUCCGAUCGCUUUCUUUCCUCUGUCGCUUCCCCCUACUGUAUUUUGCCCGUGGUUUGCAUAUUUAAAAUCUCUGGACUUCAUCCUCUCCCCACCACCGAAGUCUCCCCGUUUCUAAAUGGAAUUAGUGGAGAUUGGAGCCUCUGGUGUAACGCACAGACAUGAUCUAUGGACGCAGUUUGUUUCACAUUAUAGCAAGUGUAAUCAUCCUGCAUUCUGCUGGAGCAACCAAGAAAGGAACAGAGAAACAAAUCACUUCGGAAACACAGAAGUCAGUGCAGUGUGGAACUUGGACAAAGCACGCAGAGGGAGGUGUGUUUACCUCUCCCAACUAUCCCAGCAAGUACCCCCCUGACAGAGAGUGUGUCUACAUCAUAGAAGCUGCCCCAAGGCAGUGCAUUGAACUCUACUUUGAUGAAAAGUACUCCAUUGAACCAUCUUGGGAAUGCAAAUUUGAUCACAUCGAAGUUCGAGAUGGACCUUUUGGCUUUUCUCCGAUAAUUGGGCGGUUCUGUGGGCAGCAGAAUCCACCUGUGAUAAAAUCCAGUGGAAGAUUCCUGUGGAUUAAAUUCUUUGCUGAUGGAGAGCUGGAGUCUAUGGGAUUCUCAGCUCGGUAUAAUUUCACACCUGAUCCCGACUUUAAGGACCUUGGAGUUUUGAAACCAUUGCCAGUGUGUGAGUUUGAGAUGGGCGGCCCUGAAGGAAUUGUGGAGUCCAUUCAGAUUAUGAAGGAAGGCAAAGCAUCUGCCAGCGAAGCCGUGGAUUGCAAGUGGUACAUUCGGGCCCCACCGCGAUCCAAGAUUUACUUACGUUUCUUGGACUAUGAGAUGCAGAACUCAAAUGAAUGCAAAAGGAACUUCGUAGCAGUGUAUGAUGGGAGCAGCUCGGUGGAGGACUUGAAGGCCAAGUUCUGCAGCACGGUGGCUAAUGACGUGAUGCUGCGCACGGGCCUGGGGGUGAUCCGCAUGUGGGCGGACGAGGGCAGCCGGAACAGCAGGUUUCAGAUGCUCUUCACAUCCUUUCAAGAACCUCCUUGUGAAGGCAACACAUUCUUCUGCCACAGUAACAUGUGUAUUAACAACACACUAGUCUGCAAUGGGCUCCAGAACUGUGUGUAUCCCUGGGAUGAAAAUCACUGUAAAGAAAAGAGGAAAACGGGCCUGCUGGAUCAGCUGACCAACACCAGUGGGACGGUCAUUGGCGUGACUUCCUGCAUUGUGAUCAUCCUUAUUAUCAUUUCUGUCAUUGUACAGAUCAAACAGCCUCGUAAAAAAUACGUCCAAAGGAAGUCAGACUUUGACCAGACCGUUUUCCAGGAGGUGUUUGAACCUCCUCACUAUGAGUUAUGCUCACUCAGAGGAACCGGGGCAACAGCGGACUUUGCAGAUGUGGCAGAAGACUUUGAAAAUUACCACAAACUGCGGAGAUCGUCCUCCAAAUGCAUCCAUGACCACCACUGUGGAUCCCAGCUGUCCAGCGCGAAAGGCAGCCGCAGUAACCUCAGCACAAGGGACGCUUCCCUACUGGCAGAGAUACCCACCACGCAGCCAGUCAAGCCCCUCAUUCCACCCGUGAACAGAAGGAACAUCCUGGUCAUGAAACACAACUACUCACAAGAUGCCGCCGACGCCUGUGACAUCGACGAGAUCGAGGAGGUGCCCACCACGAGCCACAGGCUCUCCAGGCACGAGAAGUCCGUCCAGCGGUUCUGCCUCAUUGGGUCUCUAAGCAAACAUGAAUCUGAAUACAACACAACUAGGGUCUAAAACGAAAAUUCAAGCUAAUCUCCUCAAAACUCCUCAAGCCUACCAACUGUUCUUGAAUUAGGAGACUGCGUUCCAUGCUCUGUAGGACUUUAAUAAGUUGGUGUUUGUUGCAUUUUUAUUUCCGUUGGGAGAGGAUGUUUUAACUGUGCUUUAUUUUCAGAGAAGAACUAUUUAUACAAACAUGGGGACUGUGAAAAAGAAAAUUCUGUAGUGACGUAUGAAAAGUGGACACAUUUCUAAAUUCAUUCCACUGCCUCUAUCCAAACGUACCAGUUCCAGACAUGUGUUGUUCCUUUGGCAAGACACCCCUGCUGCCACGCAAUGACGUGUCCAUUCCCUGAUUCGGUUGCUGAUCACCAAGUGCUCCUUAGGUUUUAAAUAUAUUCUAAAAUUCACGGAAACUUGAAGAAGAAGUUAGUUCCUGAUUAAGACUUCCCCAGCUUUACUUCUACUGUCAGUUUAACCUUUGUUUCUAUGUUGUUCGUGUGUUUGUUACAUGACUGUGCCUGUGUGAUCUGUGUGUGGGUGGGGGGACACAACUUUGGGUGAG